ACCCCCGACUCCCGACCUCACAGAACAAUAAUGCAAGAAACAAGGACAUCGCGAAAAGAUUUUCUUUACGACCGCAAGCGCAAGAAGAAACUGGGCAUUCAAAAUUAACGGAAACCGCUUUUUGGGAACGAUUUUCCUGGAUGGAAAGCCAAAUAAGGAGUCAAGAGAUGCAGCCGCCGACAGGCAAAAAAGGAAAACCUCCGAUUCAAAAGCCGCUGUGCCGCCUGUGCGAGUGUCCGACGUCGGACGGCCACGUCCGCGCGUCGCAGGUGGACAGGAUCAAGCUGCGGACAUGGGCCAUGAAGGUCUUGGACCUGAGAGCAAGAGAUGGAAAUUUGCCGAUGUUGAUCGGAGAGGACCAUUUGAUCUGCUAUUUUUGCAUCUGGCAGGCCGAGUUUGAUGAUGAGUCUGGAGAUGAUUCCCUUGCUUGGUGGCCGAAAAACCUUGAUUUGGCAGAGAACGCUAAGAUUCUUCGAGAGAAUUAUUCAGCUGGGGAGGUUGAUCAGUGUUGGGUGCAGUUGGAAGAGGUUGAUCUUGACAAACAAACAGAGGAAAUCCCCAAGAAAAGGAAACGACGCGUCGGUGGAGUGUGUAUUUACUGCGGCAACCGUUACAAUCAACUGAUGGAGCACGUCAAACUGAUGCAUAAAAAAGCCAUCAAAUGCGGAUUUUAUGGCUGCACGACAUAUUUUCACACCGAGAAGGAAAAAGAGCAGCACAUGCAGGAGGACAUCUACGCAAAACACUUCAAACGAAGGGAAAGGAGGAAUGUUCGUUGCAAAUUUUGUAAAAACGUCAAAUUUUCACGCUCAUUGGAAGUUUUGCGGGCGCACAUGAACCGCUUCCAUCCGGAACUGGUGGCGUGCACGCGAGUAGGCUGCAAAGAGUACUUCAAAAGCAAGUCCGAAAUGAUUCAACACAUCAUCUCGUCGCACAAACGAGCCAUAAAUCAAGAUCAUUUCAAGUGCAUGCAAUGUGAAUAUUUCACUACGGUAAAGUGCAAUUUGAAAAAACACGUAGAGUCGAAGCACAUGCCAAAGACCUUCAAAUGCGACAGUUGCGACGCCAAAUUCGGCUCGAAACGGAUAGUGAACAGGCACUACCAACUUUGUCACACGUCCACAAAAUGCAAAUCUUGCGGCCAGGAGGUGGUUCUCGGAUACAAGCCAAUCCACGGAAGGCCAACGGUUUGCUCCACAUGCAAACGCAGUUUCGACUGCUUGGGUGUGUUUCUAUUUCAUAAAAAGAUGUGCUGCGAAGAAAACAUCCAUAAAUGCGAAGAGUGCGGAAAAGAAUUCCCCAAGAGUUGGAACUUAGAUUGCCACGUGGUUAGAGUUCACGCCAAACCUGUCAAAGCCGAGUAUUUCCGCUGCGAGCAUUGCAACUAUUCGACAUUACACAAGAGUCGCGUUACGGAGCACAUGCAUUGGAGCCAUUUUCCAAAGACGAUCAAGUGUGACGAGUGCGACAAAUUGUUCGCCACUGAAUCUUUUCUCAAGCAUCACAAGCGCAGGUCGCACCAAAACGUCCAUUGCGCAGAGUGCGCGCAGGAGGUGCCCCGUCACACCAUGUCUAAUCACCGGCUUUCCAAGGCUUGCCACCGCUGCAAGGGCAAGUUCAGGUGCGCAGGUUUGUACCAAUUGCAUUGGGAGAACUGCAAACAAACCGUCUUUACUUGCAAGGAGUGUGGAAAAAUGUUCACCAUCCAUUGUGAGUUGAGUCGCCACGUGAAGAGAGUUCACACCAAAACUGUCAAAACCGCUGUUUUUCUCUGCGCGCAUUGCGACCAUUCUUCAACUGACAAGAGACGCAUGUCGGAUCACAUGCAAUGCAGACAUCUUCCGAAGAAGAUUAAGUGCAAGGAGUGCAACACAAGGUAUGCCUCGCAAUAUUUUCUCAAGCGUCACAUAAACCGGUGGCACGAAUACGUUCAUUGCUCAGAGUGUGGGCAGGAGGUACGCCGUCACGCCAUGUUUCGACACCGGCGCAUCAAGACCUGCCGCUACUGCGAACGCAAGGCGGGCUGCUCAGGACUUCUGGAACAGCACGAGAAGAACUGCCGGAUAAAUUCAAAGCAGCGGGGUCCAGAUUCGUGCGUAAAUUCCAAGCAGCAGGGUCCAGAUUCGUGCGUAAACUCCAAGCAGCGGGGUCCGGAUUCGUGCGUAAAUUCCAAGCAGCGGGGUCCAGAUUCGUGCGGAAAUUCCAAGCAGCGGGGUCCAGAUUCGUGCGUAAAUUCCAAGCAGCGGGGUCCGGAUUCGUGCGUAAAUUCCAAGCAGCGGGGUCCAGAUUCGUGCGGAAAUUCCAAGCAGCGGGGUCCAGAUUCGUGCGUAAAUUCCAAGCAGCAGGGUCCGGAUUCGUGCGUAAAUUCCAAGCAGCGGGGUCCAGAUUCGUGCGACGCGCAGAUAUGGCGUCCGGUGGAUUAUGGCGCGAAAUAAAAUUCACGUGAAAAUACACGAAAAUAACCAAGUUUUGGUCAAUAUUGUGAAAUAAUUUGCAUUAUUUGUACUAAUUGUGUCUUUUGGAUCGUAAAAACAAACUCUUGACACUCGAACGGCAAUCAAAAGAGCUUUUUGCUUCCCACAUUCAGACGCCAUCUUGAACUUGCGCAGUGGGAACCGAUUUUAUCGCACAUCUGGCUCUCGCUGAUUCAAAGUUCUAGUGACAAGUGCCCGAAAAUGUUCAAGUAUAUGUGAUUUGUCUACGUAUUUUUGUGAAUUUAUACGAACUUUAAUUGGAUCUCAUCAAUCAAAGAUUUUUAUUGUUUAAUGUGACGUGAUAAAUGCCCGUAAAUUAACGGGCGAAUGAAAUGUCUGUGUUCUUAGAUAUUUAAGAAGCGUACAUUGCCGUAAAUAUUCGUAUUGGUUGCCGUAAAAUGAAAUAAAUAUAAUUAAAUGUACAGUACAGCUGAUGCAUGUAUUCCGAAAAAAUUCUUGUUUGUCGAAUUGUUCAAACCAACUAGAAUAUUGUUCCAUGUGCACAUCCAGUUUUUGAUGGGAAGAAUAAAAAUUGUUUCGUGUCUCG